AUGGAUCGUCUGGAGUCCCUCACGAAUACGCUCUCGCAGAUUACGAUGUAUGACAUCAAGAGCAUGUACAAUCAGGCGAAGAAUGUUGUCUUCAACGUUAGCGAGAUGGAAGCGAAAGUUAGGGAAGCCACCAAUGAUGAUCCUUGGGGUGCAAGCUCCACGUUGAUGCAAGACAUUGCUCAAGGGACCUACAAUUUUCAAAACUUCAACGAGGUUAUGCCAGCUAUCUACGCACGGUUCAUGGAGAAGGAGGCGAAGCAAUGGCGGCAGAUCUACAAGGCACUUCAACUGCUCGAGUAUCUCGUGAAGAAUGGUAGUGAGCGGGUAGUUGACGAUGCCCGUUCACACGUAGCUACUAUCAAAAUGCUCCGGAACUUCUAUUAUAUCGACGAUAAGGGUAAAGAUCAGGGUCUAAAUGUCCGGAAUAGGUCGCGCGAACUGGUGGAUCUACUGAGUGAUGUCGAAAAGAUUCGAACUGAAAGACGAAAAGCCAAGGCGAACAAACACAAAUACAUCGGGUCAGGAAAUGAUGCGAUGAGCUUUAGUUCAGGUGGAAGUCGCUAUGGUGGUUUUGGCAGCGAUAGUGUAGGCUAUGGAGGAGGUGGGAGCUACGGCGGUGACGGGGACUACAGUACCCGAGAUUAUGGGGAUAGCUAUUCUGGUUCAGGCAGCGGGAAUGGUGGCUUUAGGGAUAACAACACAAGAAGAUUCCAGGAAUAUGAUGCCGGAGAUGACGAGAUUCCACCGAGAAGGUCGAACUCACUUUCACGGUCAUCUACAGCCUCCGCCGCGAGUCCACGACGCGCUUCUACACUCCCUACUCCUACUGCGACUUCGCCCGCAGUGCCCAAAGUAUUUGCGCCUGCGCAGAACAUUGAUUUGCUCGGAAUGGACGAUGAUGCCUUUGGUGCCCCAGCUAGCAACCCCGGAAUGGCCACGAACAAAGCAUUACCUACUGUGACCCAUGCAGCGGGGGAGGGUGACGACGAAUUUAACGAUUUUCAGACUGCCCCCCCUUCUGCGAGUGUUAGCAACAGCAACAAUCUUUCUUUCGUCGCGAGUUCAGGCCCAUCGCAAGCGCCGAAGCCUUUCACUCCUGCCAUUCAGCAGCAUGCGCGAACGUUGUCCAUGGGUUCUCCGAUGCAGCCGUCGAUGAAUGUCAUGACGUCUAUGAGUGCCAUGCAGCCCAUGAAUACCAUGCAGCGUAUGACCUCGCCGAUUCAGCCGGUGAAUAUGUUCGGAAACAGCGGAUACAACACUUCGUCCGCUCCAGCCUCUGCUGCCCGAACACCCUACAUGUCACCUACCGCGGCGCCUCUGCAGAACCCCAUGUCCCCAGCACAGCGCGCCAUGACACCUACCCAAGCUGUCCGGGCGUCGGCGACUUCACCGUCCAUCGGUGGGACGACGAAGCCAGCUGCUAGCGCCAACUUCGACGACCUGUGGACUAUGUCGCUGGGCUCAAAAGCAACCACCAGCAAUCCCGCGGCAAGUCCUACUGCUCCGAAGUCGAUCAAGGACUUGGAGAAAGAGAAAGCACAGACAGGUAUUUGGGGAGCUGGGCAGAGUAGGCCGCCAAUGGGUGCUGGCUUCGGCUCGUUCAGCAGUGCUGGCGCUCCUGCUCCUGCUGCAGCCUCUUCCUCGCAGGGUGGAGGUCUGGACGAUCUGUUGUUCUGA